ACGAUCCAGAGUGAACCAUCCGGGGCCGGGUGAGUGGCCAAGGUGACGGGUCAGUGCACCACACACACUUGCCGUCGUUGGACGUGUGCUGCUCGGCUGGUGGUCAUAGUUCAAUGAAGUCAGUAUGAGUCGAGGCAACAGAAAGAGCUUUCCCGACCGAUUAAAGAGAUGGUUAAAAUUAGACUCUGGAAAUGUGUUACCUGAUCAAAGAAUUUCUUUGACAGAAGAACUUAGUUGUGAACUUGGUGUAGAAUCCCCCACACCUACUAGAAUGAAAGCCAUCAAAGAACUCGAUGAAUUACUGUCAGUGAAGAUUCUGGAGGAGUUUGGAAUAGAGAAGGUUUGGUGCCUGGUAAAGGAUCUGCUUUCAGAGAUGUGUCCAGCUGAGCAACGUCACACCACACUGCAGAUGCUCACCACUCUAGUGUCAACUCAUGAAAACUUGGGGGUGAUGCGUCAGGUGUUCUUCGAAUACAUAUCAAAGAAUUAUCAACAUGAGGAAAUUGAACACAUGUUUAGAUUCUUCUGUGCCGUCAUAGGCAAAGGAAAGAAAAUUGAACACAUAGAAGAAUCAGUUGGCAUGUUUCUCUUAGAAUGGCUUCCAGCUGUUUUAGAAAUGCCCCAGGCUGUGGAUGGUCUAAAUCUUGUGAAUACUCUAGUAAAGUUCAAUUCUGCCUUCCUGGAUGAACCAGUGGUUGUGGGUUUUGUCAUGCGUGUUGUGAGUCGGCUGCUUCAAGCCAGGGAUGAAGAGGAGGCAGUGUUGUGUCUGCAGGUUCUGGAGUCUAUUAUUGCCUACAGCAGCCUUCCUUCUUCUGCUCUUUCUCAUAUCAUUUAUGCUCUCACUAGGCUUGUCAAUGUGCCUCAAAUCACUAAAUUAACAUAUAAGAUCUUGAUCCAACUGUUUGGGACACACCAUGGCAGAAAUGGUUUGUAUGUUUUGUGCCAGAUGAUCCAUAAAAUGAGUGAUCCUCAUAUUGUGCGAGGUGCAAUUUUCUUCUUGGCAUCAGUUUUAUGGGGAAGUAAUAGAAUUCCUUCACUGGACUGCAGUCCAGCUGUAGUGCUUCCAACGUUUUACCAGGUUAGUCAAAACAGCCAUAUAUUAGUGGUUUUUGAGGUCGUAUUGAGUAUCCAGAAGUUAUUGGCUGUGAAGGCAGACGACAUGCAUUUGUCUUCCUGGAGCCAACUGUUGGGAACCCUGGCCAAUGUAUUUAGGCAUACAGUUUGUCUGGAAGAUGGGGAAGAGAGAGAUACUAUUAUGAAUAUUCUCUCAAACAUUAUGGACUACAUUGAAGAACUUGUGGAUACCGAGAGAUAUUAUGGUUUAAUUGAAGAGUUUCAUGUAUUGGUUACUACGUAUGCUCAAUAUCGACCUGUAGACUCGGUCCUCAAAGUGCUGAAUUAUCAGGCAAAGAACAUUCUUCCUGUUGAUCCAAACUGGCAGACAAAAUUGGGGACACUAUUUAGUGUUCAUUACCACCAGGGCCAGAGACUCGGAAUAAGGAUGAAGGCAUUGGAUAUAUUGUCGAAGGUUUUCAUUCACUACAGGGAUCAGCAUGGCAUAGAGCUGGUGAGAGAUGUUGUUCUGGUUCAUUUAGAUGGAGUUGAAAGAGAGGCACAGGUGAAAAUAAGAAAAGCUGCUGUCAAACUGCUUUGCAAGAUUGUUAUGAAGCUUCAUUCAGAUAUUACCUUGAGUGUACUUUACAUGUUGGAAAAAGUUAUGAUGGCACCAUAUAAAAGAGGGAACUCGGUAGUGCUGGAGAGCGAAGCUGCUGACAUUGUCGAAGCCGUUGAUAAUUUGGUAUUGGCAUUAAAAAUAAAGAUGUGGGAAUUGCCAUCAUCUCAUGCUAUUUAUAUUUUUAAGAUAUUGCUUUCAUGUUUGGAGCACCACUACCAGAACAAAAUUCUUCAAAACACCACGAUAAGGUUCACAAUCCUUGAAAUGAUACUGGAGAUGAGAAUAAAUGAAAAUUAUCAGAUUGGCUUUAUAAAAAAUGAACUACGUGAUGUUGGUAGGAGCCCCUCAUCAAUUUCAAAAUAUUCUCCAUUCAUUAUUUUGGAUCACAUACACAGUACAGAUUUGGAAGAGGAAACCCUGCAGGCAGCGGCAGCUAUGUCCCUUGAAGAGAAUGAGACAACCCCUUUGUCACUCGCCCAGGCAACAUCACUUCUUGUUACUGCUCUCAAGAAAGAAAAGGAUUGGGCGAUACUCUCUCUAAUACUUAAGAAAUUGAGUAAAGCUUUGCAGAACAAAGUUCUCGUGAUUGGUCGAGACAGAAAUGAAAUAGUGCGUCUUAUAUCUGCACUCAUUUCCAUGAUUGAUGAUAGGUGCCUUGAUCUUCCAGCUUCCUUGUACAACACACCAGCCAAAUUUAAUCAAUCACUUUUCCAGAGAAAUAUUUUUCAAGUGUUGGCAAAGCUAGUACCACAUCACAUGCAUUUUGAUUACAGUAUCCAACGAAAGGUAAUCAGAUGCUUAUCAGUGGGAGUAAUAAAUCAAUAUUCAGGACCAUUAUGCAUUAGUACUAUAACUAUGUGUGUAUUGGAAAUGCAGGAUUCUAUGCUCAAAGUCGUGGCUAGUGUCAUAAAUAGCUUUUCAAGAAUGUCUGCUACUGUCCCAAGGGCUAGGGCAAUGAUGGAAUUUCUUUCAACUCUUCUCCAUUUUCCCAAUGUAUAUUCAAACUUUGUGGCAAAUCAAUACAAGUUAAUCUUUGCAAUUGCCAUACAUUACACAAAUCCUACCAAGUUCAACCACUACAUUGUAUCCUUGGCCUACCAUGUCAUCGCCAUGUGGUUUCUCAAAUGUAGAUUGCCAUAUAGGAUAAGUUCUGUAACAUUUAUAACUCAGCACUUAAAUGCAAUUCUGAAGAAUAUGGCAACUAUUGAAGUGAAGACUUCCAAGGAUUCAAAGCCAACAAAGGUUAAAGGCAAGAAGAGUGCUCAGGGUAAGGUGCACACAAGUGAAGAAAAUAAACACAAAAAUAUGGAGUUUUUCAGUGAUCUAAGAGAGACGUGCCUUGACCUCAUGUCCAGAUAUACAUAUGGAUCGUGUCCAUCAUUUCAAAAAAGAAUGAGUACAGCUGACAUGUGGAUUUCAGGUCAAAGUCGGUCAUGGUUAAUGGGUACCAAGAUAAUAACCAUUAAAACAUCUGGAUGUGAACAAAUUGCAGUUCAGAAUGGACUCUGCAUUAAAUGUCUUCAAAUAUGCUGUGCACAAAAUUUUCCAGAGUCAUCUAGAAGCUGCAAAUCAACAUCAGAUAAAUUGGCAUCAGAGUCAAGUUGCCUGGAGUCUGUAUCAUCACCAGGAUCCUCAGCUUGUCAGUCACCAAUUAGUCCAAUUUCGGAUCUACCACAUAGCAGUUUGGCCUCGGAUUCAUUUCCUACUUCACCUCUCAAUCGAGGAGCUAAGAGCAAAUCAAGUUCGAUGUCACUGUUCUCGACCAGUGAAGGUAACUUAUCCUUAAUAUCAGAACUUGCAGGAGAUGGAGUGUCUCCCUCUAGUGACCAUCAAGUGUUCAGCCAAAGUGAAACUGCUCAGAACUCUAGUAGCCUGCCCAAACCUACAAAGUGUGUGUGUUGGUGCCAAGGAUGGGCUGAAAUAACAAUCAAACAACCAACUGGAAAUACAUCUUGGAUGGUGCGUGUACAAAGUGAGCAGCCAACUUUGACUACUGACAGUGAAGUUUUCCUAUAUGAUCAAAGUGAAAUGUAUCCACCACCCAGUGUGAAAGAUAAGAAAACGGCAAGUAGGAGGAGCGGUAGUAUGUCAGGCACCCCCUCUGCUGGCUCUAGUAAUGCUGGGAAAGAUGAAACAAUCCCUUCAAUGCCUGCACAGCGAGAGAGGGGGUACACAGUGUCUGGCAUGAGCCCUGCUUCCCGUAGAGGGCAAAGCAUAAAUUUAGGUGCUUCCAAUGAUCCCAAAACAAUUUCAGGAGGCAUAUCACCUGGGUUUGUGUUUCUCCAGUUGUAUUUCCAUGGUCAGUUUGGGAACAUUGACGAUCGUCCGAUUCUGCUUUCCACUGAUCAAGUUGAGAUCACCCGUGCUCUGGAUUUAAUCGACUAUAUAAAGCCUCAAGAGACUCACAAAAUAGGGGUGCUGUAUGCAAGAAAAGGACAGACUACAGAACGAGAAAUUCUAAGCAACACCUUUGGUUCCCUCAGAUACAUGUAUUGUAUUUCGGGUAUGGGAGAAACACGUGACCUAAGAAAUGUGUCUAAAGAGGAAGUGUUCCUCGGUGGCCUUGACACAAAUGGCCGCGAUGGGGAAGUAGUUUACGUAUGGCAUGAUGAUGAUAUGCAGGUUGUCUUCCAUAUUGCUACUCUUAUGCCAACUUUACAAAAUGAUCCAAAUUGUAACAACAAGAAACUCCACAUAGGCAACGAUUUUGUUACAAUUGUAUUCAAUGAAAGUGGUGUACCAUACAAUAUAAACACAAUGAAGGGACAGUUUAACCACACUGUUAUUGAGGUGGUGCCUGGUGAUCAUGGCUCCAACUGCGUCUCCGUCUUGUGUCGACCCGAGUUGGAAGAGUACGUCAAAAUUGAUAAUCCCAGAAUUGUAUCCGAUGCUAGUCUACCUAUCUUGGUGCGGCAGCUUGCUCUCCAUGCUAAUUUUGCUUCACUUGUGUGGGAUUCGCUGAGUCGGCCACCCCAUACCCCAUUUGCAAGUAACUGGAUGGAGAGACUGAGAAAGAUCAGAAAACUUCGCGAGAAAGUGCUCAAUGAAUUUAAAAUGUGUGAUAAAGGAUUAAGUCCUCUAGAACUGGUGGAUUUUACAGAUUUGAUAGAUACAUCUGUCAGGAAGAGGACUGGUGUAUAUUCAAUGCAUUUUAUGCAUUGACCUGGGAGGACUGUCCAUGAGGGUGGUGAAGAUUGAGUAUUAUGAACAAGAAAGAUUUAUAAUUAGAGAAGUAGAAAAAAUUACUUGCAGGUUGAGGUGGAACAUGAAAGAAUGAUAGGGGAGGUGUAAGAAUGAUGAGUUGUGGUGAGGGGGGUUAAGAAUGGUAGGGUGAAGGAAGAAUAAAGAAUUGGAUUAGACUACUAUGAGAGGUGGGAAAAUAAUUAGAGGGUGAAAUGGAGUAGGUUGGUGGAUGGGACAGGAAGUAUCUUAAUGUAAAACAUGAGAGAGUAAUUGUCAAUUGCUGUGUGCCAACAGUACUUUGGCAAGUCACCAGUUCCUAUGCAUAUUACUUCAGUAAAUGUUGUGAAUUAUAGUUGUAUGUGGAUGUAUUUUGGUGGUUUAAGAUUUACAUAGUUUUACUAGAAUUAAGUUUUUAAAAUUUUUAUUGUAUGAUAAAUGUAGAGAUUAAUUAUUGUUAUUGUAUGUUGUAUUUUAUGCACUUAGAAUAGAUAAGUUUUGGUGCCUUAUUAAUAUAUAGUUUCCAGAGUUAUAUAAUGUCAUUAUUUUUGAGAAAUGAA